CGCGGCGGACGACCCACCGCCUCCACUUAAGGCGGGGAGAGCGGCGCGGGCGGCAGUUGCUGUGGUUUCCGAAUUGAGGUUGCGUGUUUCUUGUGGGAGCUGAAACUCGAGGACUUAGCGUCUAACGUCCAAGUUUAGCCGCGAGUGAAUACAGAUCAGGCGGUCAGGAGCGCAGCUUCUCAUCUUCGGACCAGGGCCGGCCCCUGCUUUCCCUUCUCCACUUGGUGCCCGUAUCUAGGUCGGCUCCGGCGCGGCUGGCCAGGCCGCGGGCGAGAUGUUCAAAAACACAUUCCAGAGCGGCUUCCUCUCCAUCCUCUACAGCAUUGGCAGCAAACCCCUGCAGAUCUGGGACAAAAAGGUGCGGAAUGGCCACAUCAAAAGAAUCACUGAUAACGACAUCCAGUCCCUGGUGCUAGAGAUUGAAGGAACAAAUGUCAGCACCACAUAUAUCACGUGUCCUGCAGACCCAAAGAAGACGUUGGGGAUUAAACUUCCCUUCCUCGUCAUGAUUAUCAAAAAUCUGAAGAAAUAUUUUACCUUUGAAGUACAGGUACUAGAUGACAAGAAUGUACGUCGGCGGUUUCGGGCAAGUAACUACCAGAGCACCACCCGAGUCAAACCCUUCAUCUGUACCAUGCCCAUGCGGCUGGAUGAUGGCUGGAACCAGAUUCAGUUCAAUCUGUCAGACUUCACGAGGCGGGCAUAUGGCACAAAUUAUAUCGAGACCCUAAGAGUGCAGAUCCAUGCAAACUGUCGCAUCCGACGGGUUUACUUCUCAGACAGACUCUAUUCAGAAGAUGAACUGCCAGCAGAGUUCAAACUGUAUCUCCCGGUUCAGAACAAAGCAAAGCAAUAACCGGAAUGCAACUCAAGGGAUAGCCCCUGGACAUGACUCUUAGUUGAAAAAGGAAACUAUCUGGAGGACAAGGCAAAAA